GUGUAUCUUUUCAUCAAAAUACACUUUCAUAAACUAAUCUACAAUUAGCAUUCUAACAAGAUUUUGCAAACUCUGCUUAUUGAUCAUUCAAAUUUUCCUAACAAUGGAAAGGAGCAACGGAAACUCGAGUUCUCAUGAAGAUACCGAAUUGAGAUUAGGGUUACCGGGAACUAAUGGAUCUGAGAAGAAACGAUUGUUUUCUGAAAUGAAUGAGGAGUCUACUUCUGGUGUAGAAGAUUGCCAUGACAACAUCCUAAUUCCACAACCAAAGGUUCAAGCAAUCGGAUGGCCUCCAAUUAGAUCUUACCGGAAAAAUUGCCUUCAAGUCACAAAAUCACAAGAAGAACGCACAAGAAUGUACGUGAAGGUUAGCAUGGACGGAGCUCCUUAUCUAAGAAAGAUAGAUCUAAAACAAUACAAAGAUUACAAGGAACUCCUAAGGGCCUUAGAAGCCAUGUUCAAAUUUAAUGGUAUAGAGUAUGAACAAACUUAUGAAGACAAAGAUGGAGAUUGGAUGUUGGUUGGAGAUGUUCCUUGGGAAAUGUUUAUUGGUUCUUGCAAAAGGCUUAGAUUAGUGAAAGGAUCUGAAUCAAAUGGCUUGGCCUAAAAAAUUGAAUCAUAUUUAUCAUGUAAACUUUUUGAGAUGAAUAUUGUGAAUAUGUAUACAAUAUACUCUUGGAUUACAGAGCUCAAAUGUUAAAGUUUAACAGAAGGUUUAGCCUUAACAAUUCUGAGCACGGCCAUG